UGUUACAAUAAAACAAUCCUCUUGCUAAUGGUUAUAUACCGUGUUCAGUGUUAACAGUGCCGCCGGAAGCUCUCAUACUAAGCCACUAUUAAACGUGUUGUUUCUCACUAUCCCUUUUGUCUACCAAUACAAUAGUGAUUAGGGUGUCGUUUCCACAUAAUGUCACAAGCUCUAGACCGCUCGGCGCCGCCGGCGAGUACAUCCCAAGCUGCCGUGGACGUUAAGCUGCCUGGCUGGAAAGCACAACAGGUUAAGAAGGCAGCGCAGUCGCUGCUCAAGUAUGUAGGCGAGCAGAAGGAGAAGGCCAACUCGCUGUUUGACGAGGAGGAGGUCUUCUACAUGCAAAUAGCGUUAAAGAAGAUGCCGCUGCAGCCUCGGAAAGACAAGCCAGUACCGCUGCCGCUGCCACACCCGUUGUACUCAACGGAGGGGCAGGACAUCUGCCUCUUCGUGAAGGACACCCCAGACGGGCAAGGCGGCAAGGACGCCAAGAAGAAACUAGCAAAGCUGGAGAAGAACGGCGGCGUAGCCAAGGUCAUCGGCACAUCCAAACUCCGCACCAAGUACGAAUCCCACGAGGCCAAGCGCAAGCUCUGCAAGUCCUACGACCUCUUCCUCGCAGACGACCGCAUCCUACCCUCCCUGCCCAAGCUCAUAGGCAAAUCCUUCUUCAAAAAGAAGAAGCAGCCCAUCCCGAUCGACCUGCGCAAGGCCAACUGGGCUGCGGAAAUCAAGCGCGCAUGCGCCAACACCUACCUCUUCAAGAGCAGCGGGACGUCCAUCAACAUCAAGGUAGCGCGGAGCUCCUUCUCGCCCGAGCAGGUGCUCGAUAACGUGCAGGCAGCGCUGUGCGCCGCAUCGCAGCACAUACCCAAGAAGUGGGCGGCCAUCCAGGGCGUGUUCCUCAAGACAGCGGAUUCGGUGGCGCUGCCGCUGUUCCAAACGCUCCCGGACCAGCCGCAGAAGAUCGAGUCAUGAGCGGGAGGAGCGGGAGCAGGGAGGAGGGGGCUGCAGCGGCUGUUGUAGGCUUCGGCUUUCUGGAGUUGCCUGUUGCGGCGGCCGGGCUGCAGCUGCUGCUGCGGGCGCAGCGGUGGUUUUGGUGGCUGCUGCUGGGGCUGGGGCUGUGCUACUGAGGGCGUUGGGGGCAGAUGCAGGAGGAACGGUGGCUUGUGGGAGCUUGGGGGCAGGCAGGCUUGGGUUUGCUGCCUGGGAAUAGGGAAACAGGGGGGGGGCAAGCCGUAGGAUAUAUGGCUCAGCGGUGCUGUUCAGGGGGAACAGUCUCAUGCUUGCGACCUGCUGAGCUGAGCGGCCGACAUACUGGUACUAUGGAACGGCCAUCCUACUGACGAUGGAGAGCGUAAUUAAGGAAGGUGCAGAGCCUUCGAUUUCGGGAUUGGCGUCGGCUGUCGUACCGGCCCCCGUUGCUAUGGCCAUUAAUAGCUUUCUUAGCGACGCUGCACGCAUUGUGGGCAUCAUGCCAUGUGCCUCGGCGUCUGGUGGAGGCCGUUAUGGUUCAUUGGGCAGCAUUUGCCGUGCUUGGCGAUGGAAAGCACGGUUUGGCAUGGUGCUGUACAUCUGCCGUAUGUGCAUGGAGGCUUGACGUCCCCAGUCCUGAAGUGCUGCGCCCCAUACCGCGCGCCCCGCGUGAAGAAGCUCUUUGUAAGUCGAAUCCGGAG